UGGUAAAGGACAGGAAGGCCUGGAGGAACAUUGUCCACGGGGACGCAAUGGGUCGGACAUGACUUCGCGACUAACAACAACCAAUGAUCAGAUUUCAUAUGGCUCAUUUCAACCAGCAUCCAAUGAUUGGAUCCAUUCUGCUCCUUUUCUCCGUAUGGUUCCCAGUGAAUUACUUCAGUACCAAGGACUUGUCCAAUUGCUUCUGUAUUUCCAAUGGAGAUGGCUUGGACUCAUGGCUACAGAUGAUGAGAAUGGAACGUAUUUCUUAUGGACAGUUGAGCAAAUGCUUCUACAGAAAGGAAUCUGUCCAGCUUUCUCAGAAAGGUUGACAAAACAUAUCUAUUUUUUUGAUGAAAUAGGUACAAUGAUCUUUGAGAGAAUGGACAUUUUGAAGAAUUUUAUGCUAAGUACAGCUAAAGUUGUCCUUGUUCAUGGAGAAACUGCAUCCAUUAUUUGGUUGGCAGUCGCUAUACAAACAACUCAGACCAUGCAAUAUAUAUUCCCAUGGGAAAAGGAGAAGGACAGUCCAAAAAGGGUAUGGGUUACUACAGCCCAAAUUGAUUUCACUUUAUUUCACUUUCAAAAGAUUAUUGAUGUUAAACCCCAAAUCUUCCAUGGAGCUCUUUCUUUCAACAUUCACGCAAUGCAAAUUCAAGGUUUUCAACAAUUUCUUGAGACUGUCAAUCCCUUUUGGGAAGAAAAAGAUGGUUUUAUCCAUGAAUUCUGGUCACAAGCAUUCAACUGUUUCCUUUUCAAAAUCAAUGUGUUAAGUCUCGCCUUUCUACCAUGUAAUAGAAAGAAAACCUUAAAGGAUCUUCCUGCACCAUACUUUGAAAUGAGCAUGCUUAGUCAUAGUAUCUAUAAUGCUGUCUAUGCAUUGGCUCAUACCUUACAUGCAAUGUACUCAACCAGAGUCAACCACAGACCAUUGGAACAUGGAGGAAUAUAAAACCUUGGCAGGUAAUAUUACUUGAAUGACAAAAGGCAAUAAAAACCUUUUUAAAAACCUGACAAGAUCCUGCUGACCUUUUCUGUACUUCGAUGCUAAGUGGGGUCAUAUCCAGUUGGUGCUUUAAUUGGACAUCCAAAAAUUAUAGGGUAGGUACUGAAACACAAAAUACCUCCAUAGUGUUUCCAAAAGCUUGCAUGGACUUUUUAAUAACAGUAUGACAGAACAACAGAGUUGGAAAGGGACACUGAAGGUCUGGUAGCUAUUACCUAUAAGGUAACCAUAGGCAUGUAUCCAUGACAUCUUCCUGAUCUCCCAAACUUCUUC